GUCACAAACUCCCGAGGACCCUUAUUGCUAUUAUAAACUGGUUACAGUCGUAAUUAGGGCAGUAAAACUAAAUGUUUUGUCAUACCUGUGGUAUACGGUCUGAUAUACCAUGGCUUUCAGCCAAUCAAAAUUCAGGGCUCAAACCACCUAGUUUAUAAUUCCUUAUGUACUGCACUACAGUGGAUAGGGAAUAGGGUGCCAUAGGGUCCUGGUCUAAAGUAGUGCAGUAUAUAGGGAAUAGGGUGCCAUAGGGUCCUGGUCUAAAGUAGUGCACUAUAUAGGGAAUAGGGUGCCAUAGGGUCCUGGUCUAAAGUAGUGCACGAUAUAGGGAAUAGGGUGUCAUUUGAGAUGCACAAUAUUAUUAAGAGAAGGAAGAACUGUAAUGCCAAUACUUGUAUUGCUGUGGCUCUGCUGUUCAAUACAACAGAACACAGCUGUGGCUCUGCUGUUCAAUACAACGCUACACAGCUGUGGCUCUGCUGUUCAACACAACGCUACACAGCUGUGGCUCUGCUGUUCAAUACAACAGAACACAGCUGUGGCUCUGCUGUUCAACACAACGCUACACAGCUGUGGCUCUGCUGUUCAACACAACAGAACACAGCUGUGGCUCUGCUGUUCAAUACAACGGAACACAGCUGUGGCUCUGCUGUUCAAUACAACAGAACACAGCUGUGGCUCUGCUGUUCAAUACAACAGAACACAGCUGUGGCUCUGCUGUUCAAUACAACGCUACACAGCUGUGGCUCUGCUGUUCAAUACAACGGAACACAGCUGUGGCUCUGCUGUUCAAUACAACAGAACACAGCUGUGGCUCUGCUGUUCAACACAACGCUACACAGCUGUGGCUCUGCUGUUCAACACAACAGAACACAGCUGUGGCUCUGCUGUUCAAUACAACGCUACACAGCUGUGGCUCUGCUGUUCAAUACAACGGAACACAGCUGUGGCUCUGCUGUUCAAUACAACGGAACACAGCUGUGGCUCUGCUGUUCAAUACAACAGAACACAGCUGUGGCUCUACUGUUCAAUACAACGCUACACAGCUGUGGCUCUGCUGUUCAAUACAACAGAACACAGCUGUGGCUCUGCUGUUCAAUACAACGCUACACAGCUGUGGCUCUGCUGUUCAACACAACGCUACACAGCUGUGGCUCUGCUGUUCAAUACAACAGAACACAGCUGUGGCUCUGCUGUUCAACACAACAGAACACAGCUGUGGCUCUGCUGUUCAACACAACAGAACACAGCUGUGGCUCUGCUGUUCAACACAACAGAACACAGCUGUGGCUCUACUGUUCAAUACAACGCUACACAGCUGUGGCUCUACUGUUCAAUACAACGCUACACAGCUGUGGCUCUACUGUUCAAUACAACAGAACACAGCUGUGGCUCUGCUGUUCAACACAACGCUACACAGCUGUGGCUCUGCUGUUCAAUACAACGGAACACAGCUGUGGCUCUGCUGUUCAAUACAACGGAACACAGCUGUGGCUCUGCUGUUCAAUACAACAGAACACAGCUGUGGCUCUGCUGUUCAAUACAACAGAACACAGCUGUGGCUCUGCUGUUCAACACAACGCUACACAGCUGUGGCUCUGCUGUUCAACACAACGAUCAUCCCUACUGCUUCUGAUCUGGCAGACUCAAUAAAAACAUAUGCUUCGUUUGAAAAUGAUGUCUGAGUGCCCCUGGCUCUCCGUAAAAUGAAAAAGCAAGAAAAUUGUGCUGCCUGGUUUGCUUAAUAUAAAGGAAUUUGAAAUUAUUUUUACUUUUACUUUUGAUACUUUUAAGUAUAUUUUAGCAAUUACAUUUAUUUUUGAUACUUAGGUACAUUUUAAAACUAAAUACUUUUAGUCAAGUAGUAUUUUACAGGGUGACUUUCACUUUUACCUGAGUCAUUUUCUUUAAAGGUAUCUUUACUUAUUUCUCAAGUAUGACAAUUGAGUACUUUUUCCACUGCUGCCGACAUGCGUAUCUCUUCACAUACUCUACCAUGUUGACAGGGCUCUGUGUGAAAGUGAUAUUAGAUUUGACAGUAAUGAUUCAAUCUAAUGAAGGUUGUGAUAUAAGGUCAUUUGACCCAUAUCAAUGUAUCUUACUGUAUAACUACAGGGUAUACACUGCUUGCAGUAAAUGCGCAUUUUAAAACCGUUAUCAUUCCUUUAGAGUUCCAGGGGAAGUCAGGCCUACCCUGUACCAACGGGUCAGAGGUCUACCCUGUACCAAUGGGUCAGAGGUCUACCCUGUACCAGUGGGUCAGAGGUCUAGCCUGUCAGAGGUCUACCCUGUACCAACGGGUCAGAGGUCUACCCUGUACCAACGGGUCAGAGGUCUACCCUGUACCAAUGGGUCAGAGGUCUACCCUGUACCAGUGGGUCAGAGGUCUAGCCUGUCAGAGGUCUACCCUGUACCAGUGGGUCAGAGGUCUAGCCUGUCAGAGGUCUACCCUGUACCAACGGGUCAGAGGUCUACCCUGUACCAACGGGUCAGAGGUCUACCCUGUACCAAUGGGUCAGAGGUCUACACUGUACCAACGGGUCAGAGGUCUACCCUGUACCAACGGGUCAGAGGUCUACCCUGUACCAGCGGGUCAGAGGUCUACCCUGUACCAACGGGUCAGAGGUCUACCCUGUACCAACGGGUCAGAGGUCUACCCUGUACCAACGGGUCAGAGGUCUACCCUGUACCAACGGGUCAGAGGUCUACCCUGUACCAACGGGUCAGAGGUCUACCCUGUACCAACGGGUCAGAGGUCUACCCUGUACCAACGGGUCAGAGGUCUACCCUGUACCAACGGGUCAGAGGUCUACCCUGUACCAACGGGUCAGAGGUCUACCCUGUACCAACGGGUCAGAGGUCUACCCUGUACCAACGGGUCAGAGGUCUACCCUGUACCAACGGGUCAGAGGUCUACCCUGUACCAGUGGGUCAGAGGUCUAGCCUGUCAGAGGUCUAGCCUGUACCAGUGGGUCAGAGGUCUAACCUGUCAGAGGUCUAGCCUGUACCAGUGGGUCAGAGGUCUAGCCUGUACCAGUGGGUCAGAGGUCUAGCCUGUACCAGUGGGUCAGAGGUCUAGCCUGUACCAGUGGGUCAGAGUUAUACCCUUUACCAGUGGGUUCUACACCUGUUGGGUCUAGCUAAUUUCCUCACAGUUUGUCUUGUUCCAUUGAUUGAAUCAGAAAACCCAAAUAGUCAUGGAUGGUGGUGGUGCAUCACUGAAAUCUCACAUACAGUCUGGUAGAAUGUAAAUGAUAAUUAUCAUACUAUAUUGGAUUGCAGUGUGUGGGCCUAUUGAGCAGGUUAUGGUUGUCUCCUUCCCAGUUUACAAUAUUAAGGGCACUCCACUGUAUAGGACAUAAAAGACCCUUACCUACGAGGAGAUGUGUUCAUAUGGCCUUUUGAAUGUAGCCAGGACAUCAUGUAGACUGGGCCAUUAGUCCCAAAUGGCACCCUAAUUCCCUUAAUAGUGCACUACUUUUUAUGGGAUCUGGUCAAAACUAGUGCACUGUAUAGGGAAUAGGGUACCGUUAUGGGAUCUGGUCAAAACUAGUGCACUGCAUAGGGAAUAGUGUACCGUUUGGGACUCGGACAAUGUCUGUCUGUCUGUCAAUCCUAUUUCACUGUCUGGCCACAAACAUCCACAUCCCCUCUUAGUCAUCACCAUCACAGAAUUCACAAAGUAGCUUUUGAACCAUCAAGUGUGCUUCCAUAUUUAAUCAGAACUGGUUGUGUUGUUUCUAUAGCUCUGUCAAACUGCACCCAUUAAAGCAUUUUUCUAUUUGGUUUUCUUCAUGUUCUUUUUUUGUUUGUUGUUGCAUUGUAUAUAAAACAACAUGAUUGCUGUGAACAGUACACCAUACAGCUGUAACCUGUUGAAACACCAUCUUAAAUGUUCAGUAGUUAAAUCAAUGUCUCUAUUUGAGUGUUGGAGUUGAAGCAUAAACAGUUGGUGUACAUUAAAACACAUCGUCAAUUGAUAUUAAAUAAACGUGGAACUUAUGAAACACGA